AUGUCCAUCUCAGCAAUACAAGGCCCAGGAAUACUCUUCGUCCGCUCUCGCAUCUCGCCCGCGAGUGAAAACAUACUCAACGAACCUACGUUUCUCAGAUGGUACGAUGACGAACAUAUCCCCGAAGUCAUCUCUACAUCCAGCAUCCGGUUCGCUUUCCGCUACGUUGACGUCAACAAGACCUCGCCUACUGGUGACCUCCAGAACCCAAAGCCCUUCCUCGCAUGUUAUCCCAUGCAGGACUUGGCUUUCACGCUCAGUGAUGAAUUCAAGAAGAUCGGUGUCAAGAGUAGCAUCCUACCUGGUAGUGGAGUUAUCUAUGAUUUUGCCGACAUGGAUGUCAGUUAUCUGGGCUUCUUGGGUGCAACGCCUAGGAAAGACGGUGAUGGAGGAGGUCACGCGCAAUACAUUUUGAGUUCAGGGGUCAGACCAGAGAAAGAGCGAGGUCUUGACAGUAUCCAUGCGUUCUUCCAUCAGGUACAUCCCCCGUGGUUCUCACCCUGUACUUCAAUCAGCACCUUUAACAUUUUCUCCCGACAGCAAACCUCCAUUCUCUCUCAAUCACCACACUUCAUUCGUACACUACGCUACAAGCUCCUCUACGCAAGAACAAACGCACAAUCCCGCGCUCUCAAAGGUCUCCCAACUACCGAUGAACCACACCCUGAGCCGUGUACCUGGUUGGCUAUCCAUGAAUUUUCCAGGUCACCUGAUCGUAUACGAGCAGACCUGAAUAGUGAACCAGAAACGGAGUGGGGUAGAACAGAGAUCGAGGUGCACGUUUGGAAGUUGGAUCGUAUGCAUGCAGGCGAUAUGACUGCUGAAGUCAUGUAUACGAGAUCAAAACACCCGUCAUCCAACUAA